GAAGAGCUCUACCCCCAAAUACCCAUUACUAUCGCGCGCUCCAAGGUCAUUAGCUUGGUCAAUAGGACCCCCAACACCAACACUUUCACCCGUCUGCUUGUCAGAGCUCAGGGUUGUCAUUGAUUCAUGAACUUACCUUUUAAAAAAGAAAGGUCGCUCUCAACCGAGAACAAUACAGAAUCCCUAUACUCACCACCUUAGGAAGUAGCAUAGCUCCAUGGAUAUAACCACUAUGCUCAAUGAACCUUCGGCAAAGCUUGCCGCGGCCAAUAUUGGAGGACCAACUUCAGGCACAAUACAAGUUGCGCCUGGAGGUGGAGAUGGAGGAGAGUUAACACCAUCAAUUACUGGACCAUUGUCUUGGUGGCCAGAAGGAACACUUGGUGAAAAUUCUGCUAUCGGCAGCAAGAAGCUGUUGGACACGGACACUUGCGGGAUAUCGCCACCUUACACCCUCUCGUUGCCGGUAAGGUCAGCUCAACAACUGGCUCUCAGAACGGAAUAUCUGGGUACUCGUCGGUCCCCAAAACACAAAUAUUCAGAUAGUCAAAGCAGCACAUCUUCAUGCUAUUCUUCGUCGACGCCUCAACACUCUCGGAUCUCGUCAACUUCUACGUUUUGCGAUAUGUAUAACGGGGAUGGGUCCCCCGAGGCUUCAGAUACGGAACCAAAACUGGAAUCCUCCGGCUGUUUUGGACACCCUCAGCAACCUUGCCGAGGGGAGUUCAUAUUAUCUGAUCAAGGAUCGCCGGCAGCGAUGGUGGGGAAAUCGCCCAUCCACGAGUCUAAUCGGCCUGCAUCUCCUUCAGAUGCUCUCCUGUUUCCUAAGUUGUUGAUACACCGUGAUGAACCCAGAGCUCAUGAUACUCUUAGCAGCACACAAGGGGGCUUCAACCCCAGCUUAUUGGUCCCAUCGCCAUCGGAAAUGUCUCAGAGACAUAAAAGGGCCGUUUCGGCACCGGACCAUCCAGGCGGCCACUCGUAUAACCAGUUUCUCUAUCAUCCUCUCGAGGCGUCUCAGCUAUCACCACUAACGUCUCAAAUGCGUCUACAGGCGCCAAAUCACCUAGCAGAGAGCAUCAGCCCUCCAGCUUGCACGCCCGCUGAAACCACACCUCAGAUAUACUGCAUGUACGAUAAGAAUUGUGACACUGGCUCUACCCUUCGAAAGGCUAUCUCCCACAUAUUCGGGCGAAAUAAAUUGUGCACUCGAAGAAUCCCGGACCGCAUUUGGGUACACUAUUGUAGGAAGCAUUAUCAACGCAGUCGGUACCGCAACGUGCGUGAUUAUUCGCAACGACAGUGCGAGCUGGUCAUAGAACAAAUUGUUCGUAUCCAGGACUGGAGCAACACUAAUAAAAAGAACAAUAGCACACUAGUCGUUCGAGAUUGGACAUUAUCGAUGCGCAAGCGUGAACAAACCAGGAUUCAAGAUGAAAUGUACAAUAAAGGCAAGAAGAGACUCUAUAGUGAAAGGAGCAACAGCAAGGAAGAAGAUGAUAGCGCUGAUCCUAUGGCGCAUACUGGUACUGCUGUACCCGACUGGCUCAGAGAAAAGUGUAAUCAGGUUUAUGUCACAGAGGAGAUCAUUAGCAUUGCCAACCGGAUUCGAGACGACGUCUGCAAUGGAAAACUGGACCAAAUCCCAGAUAUUGAGAUCUUGCCAAACAUUCCCGCCGACAGCACCGAGGACGCAAAGGCGAAGACGCCCUCCAGGCGGAAAUCUGGUGGCCACGGACACAAGCGGGCCCGAUCCCUUUGCGAUACUAUACCUGAGCCAAUCUAUUCAUCCUAUACUCAUCUGCCACCACUUCCAGAGCCAUGUGGUGGUCAACAUGAGACGAUAUCAUAUCGACAUUCCCGUACACGCUCGAAUGUUCCUCCUAAUACACAUGAGCAGGCUGGUUCAUCAUACCAUGGCAUGUUUCGCAUGCCUCGAACACCAAACGCGAGGCGUUCUGCGCACCAUAGAUCAAUUUCCGCUAGCGUCAACUACUCACCCCGCGGAAGAUAUGAUGCCCGAAUGAAUGUAUUGUCGUCUCCAACAUUUGUCUCGUCCUCGUUACCAGAGCCUCCAUUCACCCCUUCGUUGCCGCCGCCGCCCACGAGCAGCCCUGGCUUCACAUUUAGUCAUAAUCACAAUGCGCAGAACGAGCUCGAAUACGCGCAACUCAGCUCGCAGAGAUACCCAAGUUCAUAUGGCCCUAGACAUUCGCGACAUCAAAGUACUCCUAUCAACACCUACUCGGGUAAUAGUCCGCAGGUUCAGACUCGCCCGAGCUCUCAUAAUUAUCAUCAGGGCUAUACCUUUCAAGGAUACGAUCUUUCCGUUAAUACGAGGUCAGUGCCAAGGUACCUGGAUACCUACUACACUCCGGUACCUAGUCUACCUGAGGGAGGCCAGAUGCAAAUGCCUCGAUCACAGCCGCACUAAAUCUUCUCGGCCUGUAUUCUAUACCCAUUUGCAUUGCCGAAUCUUUCCUUCCCUUCCCUUUGAUCUCAAUAUUCCCCUUCCCUAACUCUAACUCUUAUUUACUAAACUAUUUCUUUUCUCUCUUCCUCUCUCUUUUCAUCUUUGUGUUCUAUUUCUGUACCCUUAUGUCUUCAUGUUUAGAAAUAGAUACUACAAUGGUCCUUAAUACACCACGGCGCUGGAGG